GUUGGUAUUUUUCAUUAUUGUCAUUUUCGAGAUUUCGCAAUAACAUUAUCCAUGCUAAAAUGGAUAAUAGGAUCCCGUCGGCUUUAACGACGUCUGUCAAAUCGCCGAAAACGCCAAGUGGAAUACCAUUCUUGAUUCGAGAACGUGACGUCAUCAAAGCUAUCUUAGAAUUUUUAGAGAUUCGAGGUCUACAUAUAACACAGUUAUCUCUAGAACGUGAAGCUGGUGUUAUCAAUGGUGCUUUCUCUGAUGAUCUCUUAUUUUUACGCCAACUGAUUCUUGAUGGGCAAUGGGAUAAUGCUCUCGAUUUUGUGGAACCUUUAAAGCCGGUCAAUGAAUUUGAUUUUGGAGCUUUUCGAUAUAAUAUAACAAAAUACAAAUUCUUCGAACUCCUAUGCGUCAAGCUCGAGCCCGGACCUUUACAUGACAACGACUUUGCAGUAGAGGAACUCGUAGAAUGUCUGAAAGAUUUGGAACACAUUUGUCCGACUCCCGAAGAUUAUCGUCAUUUGUGUGCACUUUUGACACUUCCAAAACUAUCAGAUCACGAAGAUUUUAAGAAUUGGAAUCCAAGUUCUGCAAGGGUUGAGUGUUUCAAUAAGGUUAACCAACUCUGUGGACAUUUGCUUCCACCAACUGGGAAGGAAAAAGACCGAGGAGAUGAUGCAAAUAGUUCAAAUGACAGAUUAACUGGAUUAAUUACAAAAGGAAGAUUCUACGAAGGUUGUGUAGAUUACUGUCAAGCACAGGCAAUUGGUGAUAAACGAGGUAUCGACGCUGGCCCGAUGCCAUCAGAAAUGUUGACAUUCCGUCCGAAGCUCGGAUCGGCUGAUUUAUCAUUAGUUUGCUGGUUAGAAAUGGUAGGAAAAGAACAAUUUUCAAUGCCUUUCAAGCAGAAACAAUUGGAGUUGAAAGUCGAUCAUAUAAGGAAACCGAAACUGGAAGCUCCUUGGACAGAAACAAUUAUGGCAACUCCAAUCAAACCUGGUGGUCAAUUCCCUCAUAAUCUUGUUCCAUCCUCCAAAUUAAAAUUCGCGGAGAAAAUGAGCCAAUCAAUGACAAUGAGCAUGCUUCCCCCAGCCGAUUUGACCACUUCAAUGUUCCCAUCGGUGCCACGUGGCCAUCCAAUGUCACAGUCAACAGCUGCAGGAUUUUGUUUGGGAACGGCAAUAACAGAAGCUGAUGCAAUGGCGCAGAGUCUUCUAAUUGAUGAAAUGAUGGAAUCAAGUCAAUUGGCAAGAACAUCAAGACCUGAUACAUUGAGAGGAGUUGGAAUGAUGAUGACUGGAGAUACAAUUGUUCCUGUACAACCUGCACAAGUAAUGAUCAAUGCCCCAUCUCAACUCUCAAGUCAAAUGAUGAGCAUGUCAAUGGCUCCCCAAGUGAUGGCGCCGAUCGCUCCAAUGGCUCAAAAUAUGAUUAAUUACGAUUUUGCUCCAGUUCGAAGGCAAUUGGAUGAAAUGGCACGAAGAUCCUUGCCUCCAUCCCGCCUUCCAACUGUACCAGAACUCGGUUCACCAGCUGUUAAUAGUCACCACGAAGAAAAUUUGAUGACUCAAAGCCGUCUCUUCCAACAGUUUUCUGCUGCUAAACAAAUAAAUGAAAUGGUUCUGCCAAGAGGGGUAGGAGGAGUCGUUGGAGCAGCAGGAGCAGUAGGAGGAGCACACGUGCUUCCGUUGCAAUCACAAGAACGACUUUUUCAGCAGAGAGUUGCCGCUGCUCCUGGAUUUCAAAAUGGAGCACAGAUUCCAAAUCAAAGUAUGGUACCUCAAGGUGUACCAAUGUCUCAUCAAAUAAGACCUCAAUCAAUAGCUGGUCUACCACAAGCUCAACCACAAGUGCCUCAACAAUUACAAAGACCUGUUUCAGCUCCAACUGGAAUGGGUGUACAGUUUGUGCCUGUUUGUAGGUAUGAGGAUUCUCAAGCAAUACGUGCAACAGGUUUUCAUCCAUCUGGUCGAUAUUUCGCUUUAGGAACGAAUUCUAAACAGCUUCACAUUUGCCUAUAUCCGGAUACUAAAAGAACUCAAAGUAGACCAAUGGCCUAUGAGCAGACCAAAAAUGCUGAGAUAGCAGUUACAAGACCAAAACAACAUAGAGGAUCAGUCUAUUGUCUUUCGUUUAAUCCAAAUGGUGAUCUUCUUGCUACAGGCUCUAAUGAUAAAACUAUCCGAUUGAUGGCAUUCAAUGAGGAUUCUUGUCGAAUAGGUGCGGAAAUGGAGUUGACAUGCCAUGAUGGAACAGUCCGAGAUCUGAUUUUCAUCGAAAGUUCCAUAAAUCGAUCGACUAUUUUGGUUUCUGGAGGAGCUGGAAACUGUCAUUUAAAUGUGACUGAUUGCAAUACGGGACAGUUGAUUCAAUCAAUGAAAGGACAUACAGCCCCCAUUCUUGGUCUCUAUACGUGGAGUCAAGCCGGAAAUCAGUUUGUUUCUUGCUCACAAGAUAAGACUAUAAGGUUCUGGGAUCUCCGGCAGCAAACUGCAGUGAAUGUGAUAUCACCUGGAAGUAACAAGUCACAUAGCGAGUUUUUUAAUUGAUGAAUUUAUAUUUUAGAUGGUUUUUUUUUAAUUUCCAGAUGCAUCACCAGUGACAUCAGUCUGUGUAGAUCCAAAUGGGAAAUUAUUAGUAUCAGGGCAUGAGGACGCGUCUGUUGCAUUGUUUGACAUCGGCGGAAAUCGAAUUUUGCAGACAUUCAGGUACUUGCGGUCCUUGUUCGAAAUCUGCAAUUUUUGAAAUUAUUUAUUUAAGUUUUAAAAUUGUUUUUUUAAAUUGCCAGACCCCAUGGCGAUGAAGUUCGAACGGUGCGAUUCAGUAAUGCAGCUUAUUAUUUGUUGACUGCAAGUUAUGACAAACGGUGAAUAAUCUGAUCUAUUUCGUUUCUUUUAUCAACAUUUUCAGAGUAGUAAUAUCCGAUAUGAGAGGUGAUUUAAUGGCUCCUUUGAUGUAUCUCCCAGUUGCCGAGCAUUCUGACAAAGUUGUUCAGUGCAGAUGGCAUCCUCAUGAUUUCUCAUUCCUCUCCACAAGUGCCGAUCGAUCUGCCGUGCUUUGGUCUCUUCCCAACCGUUAAAUCUGAUCUCUUUUUUGAAAUGAACACCGGUAAUAAAAUGACGGAUCUUGCAACUUAUUCGGAUCAGCCAGCCUUUUGGAUUCUCCUUGCGCAGUUUCAUCCGGCUCAUCGUCAAUAUCUUUGGUUAUCCUUUUUUGUAGCUUUUUCGGUCUCCCUUUCUUUUUUGUUGCAGUUGACUUAUCAGUUACAUCGUCAAAUUGUUCAGGAUUUUCUGUUCGGAAUCUUUCAAUCUCCACAUUGUCAUAUCCACUGUGAAAAUUUUCUAUAGGCUCCCAAGAUUUCGAUUUAUCAGCUUCCCAUAAAACGAGGAACUCGACUCUCUUCAAUUUUCCAUUGUACCGCAUUUUUUGUAUUUUUUCAACCUGAAAAAAGUUGGAUGAAUUUCUGUAUUAGUAAAAUUGGAGAAUUACAAUCCAUAAAUCAUCGUCUAGUUCUUCAUCUUCUUCGUCUUCCUCUCCCUCUUGUUCAUCUUCUGAUUCUUCCAAUGUUCGGUCCGAUCCUUCCUCUUCAGUGUCAACGUUGACUUGCGUCUCGCACUGCAACUUUUUUCAAACGAGGGCCGAGAAAAAAUGCGAAAUAUCGGUGUUUGCACACAAUACACCGGAUUUAACGACAUUUUGUACUUGCUUUGUUUUCUUGUGUUUUUCACCGAUUUUUCCCGUUUUUUCUUAUUAAAACUGAUAAAUAAAUAUU